UUACAUGGCCUCACAACCCCCUCAAACUCGGAUUUCCUUAAUACCUCAAAAAUUUUAUAAAUGGUUUCACAAACCCCCUCGAACUCGGACCCCCUUAAUCCUACUAAAACUUUACUGACACCCACUUUGUCACCCCCACAACUGACACCCACCUUGUCAGCACCCAUAGAAUCAUUGGCUUCACAAAAUAUACCUGACACCCCCAUUGCCUCCAUCCCCACCUGACACCCACUUUGUCACCCCCAACAACUGACACCCACCUUGUCAGCACCCAUCAAAUCAUUGGCUUCAUACGGCUUCACAAAAUAUAC